AGCGUCAGCGUGCACGGCGAGCUCUCUCCGGCUGUGCGUACGCACAUCCCCUCUCUCUUGGUAGCUGUCGCUGACCGUUGCUUCGAAUUCGUGCGUGGUGAGAGGACGCUUCUUCGCGGCACCGUGGGAAAGGAAAACACACCUGCAACUCCAAGGUAACACAGACCAAAUUCUGUACCGUCUCUUUUCCCUCGCUUUGCUGCUCCUCGUUUUUUUUGUGAUUCUUAGAGAAACGCUUCCUUCUUUGCUGCUUUAGAGUUCGAAGGGAGCCGCGCUUGAUAUUGAAGGCACUAUCCAAAGGGGGAAUAUAUAUAUAUAUAGAUGCCCGUCAUUCUCCGCCUCUGCGUGGCCAUUGAGAAGGCAGCCCUUCCGCCGCCGCCUUCUUCUAUUCUGAUGAACCCGACUUCAACCGUCAAGCGCGCCGCGGCGGGGCACGCAGAGCCGGAGGCGGCACGACGCGUUGCAGGUUCCGCUGAGCCAACCCAGCCCAAAGCUGUGGAGGAAACGACGCAGACGCCAACCACCACCAGUACCAACAGCAAAACCGCGGCCAGAAACGCGGCGGACACCCCAAAUACCACCGCCUCGCCGCCGCAUCCUCAACGGCGGCGUCACAACCUCCUGCACUGGUUCAAGCGCCGCGGCGGAAAGAAGGCGGUGGCCGAUGGAGCCGCAACGACGAGCGCGGCGCCAGCGCAGGUACCAAAGCCGGCGUCGCACGAAGCGGCUGCUGGGGCUGCUGCUGAUCCUGAUGCCUCCCACUGCUCGACCCUGCACCCGCGGCACGCCUCCGACCCCCCUCCAUUAAGCACCGCAAAUUUCUUACCACCACCACACCCCUCGACAUCGCCCGUAGCCGCUGACAACGAGGGGAACACCCAGGCAGACGCGGAGCCGCAGCGCUCGCUGAUGUGGGUCUCCGUCCUGCUCACUCCGACUACCACCGUCAAGUCGGUCGUGGAGCUGGUUCACAGCAUGGUGGAGCGGCGCAUGGGUGCAAGGUUGUGCGAGGAGGGCGACGUUCACAACUUCUCGAGCACCACCACCCCGGCAGGCUCCUUUGCGAUGGUGCCGUCGCAUGCGGGGACAACGGACGAGACGGGUCAUCGGGCCGGCUCCAACAGCGGUCGUGGUGCCCGUGGAGGGGGUACCACUACUCUUACUCCUUCACCUACCGUGAGUGCCCCCACUGUACAGGUCGUCAGUCCUACCUCGAAGACGGCACCAUCGCCAGCUGCUGCCGCCGCCGCAGUGGAUUCGACGGAGUGGUGUCUCUGCGUGCAGGACGGCGAUGGAGUUUUCCACUGGAUGGGCAGCACCCGGCACUAUCAGAAGAGCGCCGUUCUCCACGCCCCCUUUGCGGCGGAGGCGUGUCUGCAGUCGCACGCCGCGUUUGAGGCGGAGCGGUUGAAGCUGAAGGCAGAGGCACGGGCACGGCGUAAAGCGCAGGUGCGAACGUCGGCGGGUGGCAGCUCGCGGCGGGCGUCGUUCGCCACGCAGGGUGGACCGGCGGCGCUGGAGGGGUCCGACUCCGCAUCCACCGCCGCCUCAACACUCGGGAGCGAUUCCUCCUCGCGCAGUUCAUCAGCGGGGGAGGCGGAGGGAGACGGCGCAGCCGGGCGCGGCGGUCGACGCGGUCGCCGUCUACCCCGGCCCUUUCACCACCGCCACACGCACAUCACCGACGGUUCAGGAAAAGCGGGCAGACGCGACACGAAAACGAACCGCAAGAGAAGAGGAGGAAAGGCGGCCGAGUUGCCCGACGCGCCGGACACGCUGCGCUCCUCCAGCGCCACGGCCAAAGCCUUCGCGAACCCGUCGGCGGAUGAGGCCAAAUUUGCGUUCUUGAAGGGUGUGGUGGUGCCAUCGCUGGUGCUGCAGCAGCGCAAUCCUGCGCUGGCGCGACACCGCCACAGGCUCCCUCUCUACAGUGAAGUGCACGUGCCGCGGGCGAUGCGGGCGGAGCCGCUUGACCCAGCCCCAGCCACCCCCACAAUGAUAAAGCCAUCACCUACAUCAGAAACGGCCGAAGUUCCGUCCGCGCCUGCACCCGCGCUGGGGUCGCCGUCCUCCGUGGCGGCCAAGGCUUCCUUCGAUAUGCCUCUCGUGCACACGUCGUUUUCGAAAGAGGAGGACGUGGAUGUGGACGUACCGCCUUCAGUGCCGGCGCAAACGGGUUCUUCGGCGUCCUUGGCGUCGACGCCGCCCACACCUGCGCCACAGCAGGCGCAUGCAGCAGCGGACUCGUUGAAUGCUACACUGCCUCCUACUGGGGUUGUGGACAACGGCACGGAUGCUGCCGCUGCUGCUGACGCCCCGCGAAAGAGUUGGACAACGUGGGGUGAGUCGCGUGAGGACGCGGAGGGGAGAGAGCCAACACGCGCUGCGGACGGGCACACAGAUGCGCCGGUGGGCCUUGUCCCGCACGCCACCGCACGGGGCAGACGCGUCAGUGGCCCGCUGGGCGCUGUCGCCGAUGAAAAGGCGACGGAGGGCCGGCCGGGCGAUGCAGCUGACGUGGAACCCAAAACAGCCGCGGAAGUGCCGGUGCAGUGGACGAAGGAGGAGGAUGUUGCACGGCUGGGCCUGGCCGCGGCCCAGCGCGACUACGCUGCGGCGCUGGCGGCCUACCGAGCCGCCGUCCCACCGCCGCCCACGAGCAUCCAUGAACAUUUGGACACCGCGAAGGGCGGCGCGGAUGCCGCCAGCGUGAACGUCGAUGCGGAGCUCGCUGCAUUGAUGAAGCGCAAAGUUGAACUGCAGGCCGCCGUCGAGGCGGGACGGCAGGCAGAGCGGCAAUGCGAGCGGCUCACUGCACUCGUGGAGUGUAUGGAGAAGGAGCUGCGCGAGCGUGAGGAGCGUCGGGCGUUGCUGACGGCGCGUUAA